UUACUGCUGCUGCCAUGCAGCGGUCCGUCAGUGUGCCAGCAGUCCGCGCAGAGCGCAGAGCGCAGCGCCACGCUGAAUCAGACCGUCUGUCACUGAGAGGAUCUCCACACCUUUACUGGAUUUGAAAGACAACAGGAGUGGAUAAACUGAGCGGAUAAGGGGUUUCACAGGUGAGGUGAGGAGGACAAGGACAAGGAUCUGCCUCUCCUCCUAUCUGUCCAUCAACAAACCAAGUGCCUCGGUGCCGGCCACCCUCAGGUCACCUCAAGCACGACGGGCGCCAAACAAUAAAAGUCUUGACCCGUUGUCCCUCAGACAGCCUGCACAAAGCAAAUAUUUGAGGCCAUUAUAUCUCAUUUCUCCAUGCAGCCGUCACUAAAAAGAUCAACAGUUAAGAGUGUUGUUGGGAGAUAAAAAAGAGAGAAGAAAAAAGUGGGGGAGGAAAAAGUAACCCUUUCAAAGUGCACCCUGCAUGCUAUUUCUGCUGCGCUGUGGGCAGGGAGCGUCUCAUUUGGGAGUGCUUUUGGCUGACAAAAAAAGCACUUCCCUGUGCCCUGCCUUCCUAUCCAAAUGCCUGUGUAAAUACUGGAUAGAGAUAUCAAUUUUUCUGGGCUCUAACACUGCCCUACAAAGAGACUGUAUGCUAUCUAUAGAAACCAUUACAACAAACUCGGACUCUGUGAUCUCCUGAAUUGCUACUUAUCUGUUACCCCUCAAGGAAGAUUCAAGAGCUGUGAGAACCGGAAUGAGAGCUGACACAAUUUUCUACUCUUAAAAACAUUUUCAAACAGCUCAAACCCUCCAGCUUUGAAAACUUUGAAACUAUAAAGCCAACAAGAGUCAUUGAGGGGCUGCAGUUUUGAUGUCUUUCUCAGCUUGGUGAGUCAAAAUGAAGCCCCUAACACCAAUUGGAUCCCCCUCGCCUCUGAGGCUCCUCAACAAGGGUCCAGACUACCUACGCAGGCAGAUAGAUGGCGGUGGCCAUGGUCGUUCAAUCAGCGCAGUGGAGAGGCUGGAGGCAGACAAAGCCAAAUAUGUUAAGAGCCAGCAGGUGAUCAACACCAAGCAGGAGCCUGUGCUGGUACCCUGUGCCACCCCACCACCACAGCCCCGGCGAGCUAUUUCCAUCCCCAGCAGCCUGACACCUCAUCUUCCCCCACGUCGCUCAUCCAACACCCCUUUCUCUACAGUCUCUGGCUCCUUCACUUCACGAGAUGAAAAUGAAAAUGAUGACUCUAGGAAGGAGAACAGACAGACUUCUGAUGAUAUUGAGGCGCAUAACAGGAGCAACGUGAACAAUGUGAUGCCUCCGAGCCCCAGGACACCUGGAAUUAACACCUUAGUAGCGCCACACAGUGCUCCUGUGCUCCGAAGAAGCACGGGCAAGCGCAUGCUGAGGCCAGACUCCCUUGUCAUCUACCGGCAAAAGAAAGAGUGCAAAAGCCCCACCGGUGCAGCAGUCGGAGAGAACAAUAACACGGAAGUGAAGGGUUACAGUUUUGUCCGCCGCCUCUUUCAGGGCUCCAUGAGGGAGAAGAGCGGCGGAGGUGAAGGCAGAAUUCAGAAGAUGGUGAUCAGUGAAGAAAAAGCACCAUCACGGGAUGGAGACUCCCGCAUGUCUUGGACCAACGACAAAGACACUAUGGACGGUGGACCAGGGAGCAGGAGGUCUAGUAAAACUGACCAAGAACGCAGCCCGGGGUCUAUCCCUAGUCCUGGGUUUAGCUGCACGCUUGAACGGACUAAGGAUGGAUUUACAAAUGGUACCAGCGAUGGUGUUAACAAUGGUAUCACCAAUGGAAACCACUCAAGUAACCACGAUGAGAAUGAUCCGUGGAAGCGAGCGUCACCAACACCAGUGCCCAGGAGGCAGUUUGGUGAGCUGCAUCGCUCCAAGUCAGAUCUGCGUCUGCGCUGCUCUGUAGCAUUAUCAGAGCAGGAGCAUUUCUUUGACUUCUGUGGGCUGGAUAUGGACAUGAUAGAGUGUCUGGGUCGGGAGAAUUUCCUCUCGGGGGCCAGCUCCAUAGACACACUCUCGCUGGCCCUCCGCAGCGUGGGCGGGGACGGCUGUGGCGGCUCAGAGCCCAGUGAGUUCUCCCGACACUCAGGUGACGGCCUGUUUCAGGAGGAGCUGGCUGAGCAGCUUCCCACUGGUGUGUCAAUCAUUGAGAGAAAUGCUCGGGUCAUCAAGUGGCUAUACGGGUGUAAGAACGCUGCUCGAGAGGGACCCAAAGAGUCUACUGUUUAAUAUAAGGACAAGGAACAUGAAUGUGCCAUGGAGUUUGCUGGUUUCUUUUCUGAUCAUCUUUCUGAAAUCACCUUGUGUAGUAUUUGGUUCUGCAGACCUUUGUGCAGAAAUUUACAGCUGAAAUGCACCACAAACCAAAAGUCAAAUCGCUGAACUGUCACUGUAUCUCACUUGAACUUCAAAAACAACAUUCAGAAUAGGCUGUGAUUAGUUAGCCGCGUUGCUGCAAUGCAACGCAGAAGGAAAAAAUAGGACUGGGUUCUAUUUUUGAGCCACAAGCAGCAAUGCAAGUCAAAGCAGCUAUGCUUUGCCAGGCAAAGCUACCAGCAAAAUGUGAUUUUUUCUUUCAUUUCGAAUGAGAUGAGAGUCAGUAAUGGUUGACUUAGGGUUUGUUUCAGCUGCUAAUGGCUGCAUUUAGGACUAGCAUUCCAUGGCACAGUUACCUUCAGUCCCUUGUUCUUCCCGACUCCAAAGAGACUGUCUCUUCAAAUAAGAGGACAAUGACUGCUACUAGUUAUCUUGUGACAGAUUGAUAUAUUGUAUUUAUAGAUCCUAUGGAAGUAUUGUGUGGGUGAAGAUUGACCUUACUGGCGAAUGGAACCAUUUUUCCCUGCAAAAUGUUUUUGUAUCUGUCUGUGUGUGUGUGUGUGAGAGAGUGUGUGGAGAGGACAUUGCUGUCUCCUCCAUUUGUAGCUUCUCCUCAGUUAUUGACAAAACUCGAUUCAGAACUGAUCUGAAAUCAGCCCCUGUGACUCCUGACAAGGCACAUAAGUGUAUGUCUGUCGUGAUACAGUGGACACAGUUUAGUGUCCUUGACAUCAACACUCUCCCUUAAUGACUAAUUUAAAAUGGAAAACCACUAAGCUAUGUUUUUUUCUAAACUGGAAAACUGUUGUGUGAGUGUGAAGUGAACCAUGAGUACCUCAUUCGGAUCUGUCCCAGUUUAGUUUGUGUGUUGCUCUUUUUUUUUUUUUUAACUACUUAAACGCAGGCGUUGGAACAAACAUGCGAGGCACCCCUGUGGGGUUGUUAAUGCACUGAACUGGACAGAGAGAGAGGAAAUGAAAGAUAGAGAUAUAGCUUUGAGUCUUUAGAGAGAUUCAUCUCAUAUAACGUUAAACACUGAGCUGGAUUCAAAGGAGCACCUGCAUCGUGGAAGACAAGGAGCCAUGCCUGGCCAGUAAAUUUCAUCAUUUUCAUCUCAUUUUCCAACCCGCAAAGAGGGUCGGUUCUCACAUAGUAUACACUGUCCAAUAAUCACUUGUGACACAGUCAUUGAUUACCACAGCUAAUGCUUUGUGCCUGUUCUGUGCUCACAGCUGUGUAAGCUAAAGAGCUGCAACAAUGAUAAACAGGGAAAGACAGCCUGUUAAUGGUCAAUCCUAUGAGAGCAAAACUGGAGUUUGCCAAGAAAAUAUUAUACACACACUAAUAAUUAAAUCUCACAGAAGUUUCAGAAAUGAAGAAGAGCUUAAAAUAGUAUAACAAACAAAUACAUUCACCUCCAAAAGUUAAAUAGCCAAAGAUGUCAGACCCUUACUGCCAAAUGUCACUUUUACAUCUGGCAGUUUACAGAUGUUUAACCUCCCCAGCUGGCUCAAUCACAACAGCCUGUUUCCCAUCAGAACAAGCAGGGGAGGCUGAAGCCGCCCUCCUUUCUAUGAUAACCACAGAUCCUACCUCACUUCAUCCAUCCUUCAGUGAUUGUCACUUUAUCUCCAUGAAAGGUCAUUUCCAUUGCUUGGCCUGGAGGAUGCCACUGAAAUAUGAACUGUGAGGGGGGGCGGGGUCCGCCAAGGUAUGCAGAGGUUAGACUGAAAGUAUUACUGAACCCAAGGGUUGAUAAAUUAACACAAUUAUUUGCAGCCUUGAUAUGUUUUUUUCUGUAUUUAUCAUGAGCAUGGCACACUCCUGAAAACUCCUUCAAACUGGACGUUUUAUUUUUUAUCUCCCCUGUUAAAAACGAUUUGGUUGCAUGUUUACACAGUGGCUCCGUAACAUCUGAAUCUCUUCAUUUCAUAUAUAUGAGAGAUUUUGAUUUUAUUCCAAAGAGGUUUGUGUAUGAUGUACACAGCAAAUAAACACAAAUAAAGAAAUAUUUGUGUGAAGGUCA